AUGCCAAAGUCUCAAGCACUGGAACGAUGCCGAUUCCGAGGACAACAAGUUACAACCCACGAGCAGCCCCCGCAGAUCGAGAAACAUCUCAACAGCAAGCGAUCAUUGCUCGCUCGGGAACACAACAGCAGCCUUUUAAGCAGCGGGAAGGGCUCAAUUGCUGAUAGUUAUUUUCGUGUACAAGUCGAGCGAGUGAUAGCGGCAUUCAAGUCCAACCCAUACGAGGUCCUUGACGAAGACAUGACCGAGCAGACAUCAGUCACCCAUCCGUCGUCCGCAAACUCUCUUCCUUCCAUCCCCCCAUCUUCGAUUGUUUUUUGA